CUGUAUCCAAGUCGGGGAGUAAUGGCAUGAGUACUGCUUUAUAGUGUUUAGACAAGCUUUACAGUGCGCGCGUUGGAAACUAAUAUUCGACUAUUUUGCCUUCACGUCAGUCACAAAUUAGACCUGCAGGCGCGGAGGGGCGAGGCGGAGGACAUCUCGGACAAACUGUAAACUUAGUCAAAAGCGACUGAAGUCCCCAAACUCACAGGCUGAAGAGGCUUCAAGCGCAAACGAGUCAUCCUUUCUGGCUGUUUCAAGGAAGGAUACGCUGCUGGACAUGUGAAUUUAAAAGGAGAUACUUGCCAAGCACAACAAUGAAACCAACGACUUCCCCGUGUGGCUUCGGCUUUCUCCUGACUUGCCUCUUGUUCGGAUCGAGCUCUUCGCAAUCAGUAUGUGCUGGUACAGAGAACAAGCUGAGCACGCUGUCGGACCUGGAGCAGCAGUACCGCACCCUGAGAAAGUACUACGAGAACUGCGAAGUCGUAAUGGGCAACCUUGAGAUCACAAGCAUCGACCGCAGUCGGGACCUCACCUUCCUAAGAUCUAUCCGAGAAGUGACAGGCUAUGUGUUGGUGGCCCUGAACCAGUUUGACUACCUGCCUUUGGAGAACUUGAGGAUCAUUCGAGGAACCAAGCUGUAUGAGGACCGCUACUCCCUCGCAAUCUUUCUCAACUACAGACGUGAUGGAAACUUCGGCCUACGCCAGCUGGGUCUGAAAAACCUCACAGAGAUCCUGAGUGGAGGUGUGUAUGUUGACCAGAACAAGUUUCUGUGUCAUGCAGACACGAUCCACUGGCAGGACAUUGUCAAAAACGCACGGAUGCACCCCGUGGUGGUGCCCACCAACAGCAGUGUCACAUGUCAAAAGUGCCAUCGUUCCUGCAAUGGUCGUUGCUGGGGACCAAAAGAAGACCAAUGUCAAAGCUUAACUAAGACCGUGUGUGCCGAGCAGUGUGACGGUCGUUGCUUUGGUCCCUAUGUUAGUGACUGCUGCCAUCGUGAGUGUGCAGGUGGCUGCUAUGGACCAAAGGACACAGACUGCUUUGCCUGCACUAACUUCAAUGACAGUGGGGCAUGUGUGACCCAGUGCCCCCAGCCAUUUGUUUACAACCCCACCACUUUCCAACUGGAACACAAUCCCAGGGCAAAGUACACCUAUGGAGCCUUCUGUGUCAAGAAGUGUCCACAUAACUUUGUGGUGGACCAUAGUUCCUGUGUGAGAGCGUGCCCCAGCAACAAGAUGGAGGUGGAGGAAAACCGCAUUAAGAUGUGCAUUCCUUGUACUGACAUCUGCCCAAAAGCCUGUGAUGGAAUUGGUACAGCCAGCCUACAGUCAGCUCAGACAGUGGACUCAAGCAACAUUGAUAAGUUUGUCAACUGCACCAAAAUCAAUGGCAACCUGGUGUUUCUCAUCACUGGGAUCAAAGGUGAUGUCUAUCACAACAUUGAAGCCUUGGACCCAGAAAAACUCAAUGUAUUCCGCACCGUUCGGGAGAUCACAGGAUUUCUGAACAUCCAGUCUUGGCCUGAAAACAUGACAGACUUGAGUGUUUUCUCCAACUUGGCAACUAUUGGGGGAAGAUCACUGUACAGUGGGAUUUCCCUACUGGUGUUAAAGCAGCAGGGCAUCUCAUCAUUGCAACUCCAGUCCCUAAGAGAGAUCAGCGCUGGGAACGUGCACAUCGCAGAGAACAGCCAGCUUUGCUAUUACAGCACCGUCAACUGGACAAGAUUGUUCCGCACUGCAAACCAGAAGGUUCUGAUCCGCAACAACCAAAGCCCUCAGCAAUGCUCCAAGGAGAACAUGGUAUGUGACCCGCUGUGUUCGGACGCAGGGUGUUGGGGUCCUGGCCCAGACCAGUGCCUCUCCUGCAGAUACUUCAGCCGUGGACGAACCUGUGUGGACACCUGCAAUCUUUAUGAAGGGGAUAUUCGAGAGUAUGCCAACGGGUCGGUGUGUGUGGAGUGUGAUGGCCAGUGUGAGCGAGCGGACGAUGACUCUUUGACCUGCCACGGUCCGGGCCCUGAACAUUGUGUGAAAUGCGUCCAUUUCAAAGAUGGUCCUAAUUGUGUAGAAAAGUGUCCUGAUGGCCUGCAAGGUGCCAAUAGCUUCAUCUUCAAGUACGCAGAGGCCAACAAUGAAUGCCAUCCCUGCCAUGCCAACUGCACCCAGGGGUGCAUUGGACCAAGACUGCAGGACUGCAUUGGCUGGAUGGACAGAACCCCUCUGAUCGCAGCGGGGGUGAUCGGUGGCCUCUUCAUGGUGGUGAUCAUGGUGCUGAGCGUAGCAGUGUCUGUGCGCCGGAAGAACAUUAAGAAGAAGAGAGCCCUCCGUCGCUUCCUGGAGACAGAGCUGGUGGAGCCUUUAACACCCAGCGGAACAGCACCCAACCAGGCCCAGCUUCGAAUCCUGAAAGAAACAGAACUCAAAAGGGUCAAGAUCCUCGGCUCUGGGGCCUUCGGGACUGUUUACAAGGGUAUUUGGGUCCCAGAGGGAGAAACGGUGAAGAUUCCUGUAGCCAUUAAAAUCCUUAAUGAGGCCACGGGACCGAAGGCUAAUGUGGAGUUCAUGGACGAGGCCCUGAUCAUGGCUAGCAUGGAGCACCCCCACCUGGUCCGCCUGCUGGGCGUCUGCCUGAGUCCCACUAUCCAGCUGGUCACACAACUCAUGCCUCACGGGUGCCUGCUCGAGUAUGUCCACGAGCACAAGGACAACAUCGGAUCCCAACUGUUGCUCAAUUGGUGUGUCCAGAUCGCCAAGGGGAUGAUGUAUUUGGAGGAGCGCAGGCUGGUUCACAGGGAUCUGGCAGCCCGAAAUGUCCUGGUCAAAUCUCCCAACCACAUCAAGAUCACCGACUUUGGUCUGGCUCGCCUGCUGGAUGUUAAUGAGAAGGAAUAUAAUGCUGAUGGAGGAAAGAUGCCCAUUAAAUGGAUGGCCCUGGAGUGUAUUCAUUACAGGAAGUUUACGCAUCAGAGUGACGUUUGGAGUUACGGGGUAACCAUUUGGGAGGUAAUGACCUUUGGAGGGAAGCCAUAUGAUGGGAUUUCCACCAGAGAUAUCCCAGACCUGCUUGAGAAAGGAGAGCGUCUUCCUCAGCCGCCCAUCUGCACCAUUGAUGUCUACAUGGUCAUGGUCAAAUGCUGGAUGAUUGAUGCAGAUAGUCGGCCCAAGUUCAAGGAGCUGGCUGCAGAGUUUACUCGGAUGGCUCGUGAUCCCCAAAGAUACCUGGUCAUCCAGGGUGACGACCGCAUGAAGCUGCCCAGCCCCAAUGACAGCAAGUUCUUCCAGAGCCUCCUAGAUGAGGAGGAGCUGGAGGACCUGAUGGAUGCUGAAGAGUACCUGGUUCCUCACUCCUUCAACAUUCCACCACUUGCAUACACUCCCCGCCCUCGCAUGGACUCCAGCAAGAACCAGUUUGGCUACCAGGAUGCCAGUUUCAGCAUGGAGGACAUGCUGGCCACCCUCCCAAGAGUGGUCUCUGUUCCACCAGUGUCUGGAGGCUGCCUCCCUCCACAGGACCUGGCCUCAGGGGGGCAGAUUGGUGGCGGAUUUGGCCGUGGCAACCAGGAUGACCCUCGCUGCAAUGGCACCCUGAGGAAGCAGGCCUCCCCAAGGUCAAGUACCCUUGGGCCUGGCUCCACUCUCACUGCAGGACUAGGUGGAGGGGAGGAUAGUAGUGGACAGCGUUACAGUGCUGAUCCAACUGGUCUUUUAGCAGAACGAGGAUCAAAAGGAGACAAGGACCAGGAUGGCUACAUGGCUGCCAUGAGGGACAAGAACAACUCAGACUAUCUCAACCCAAUAGAGGAAAACCCCUUUGUCACACGUCGUAGGAACGGUGACGCCCACGCAGUGAUUGAUGGAGCGGGCUGUCACACCCUGCACAUGGCUGGAGCUGCUGCUGCUCCCAAAAGCCAGACCAUUCACGGGGACGAUGAGUAUAUCAAUGAGCCACUGUACCUGAAUACCUUCCUUAACCCUGGGGACAAGAACGGAUUGGCUGGCGCAGUCUCCAUCUCUGGCCCUGGGUCCUCUGCUGCCCAAUCAGUAUCGCAGACAGUCAACCCAUCAACAUCAAGCCACACGGUCUCCUCCUCUGGAUAUGUAGUACCCCCUGGCCACUUUCCUCACCCAUCGUAUCCAUCACACACCCUGCAUCCGGGGCAUUCAGGACACACUCUGCACUCAGGCAUCACCAGCAGCACCAUCAUGUUUGAUAAGAAAGGCAAGAAGGCCACUUUUGACAAUCCUGAAUACUGGCAGCACAGUCUACCCCCAAAGUCCUCACUGCACAAUCCUGAGUACCUGCAGGACUGCAGCACACGCUUCUUCUACCGGCAGAAUGGACGUAUUCGCCCUGCUGUGGCAGAAAACCAGGAGUACUUGUCCGAGGCUGCUAUGAAAGCUGGCAAUGUGUUGCCACCCCCUCCAUACAGACAGAGGAACACUGUAGUGUAGUGACCCACCUAUAGCACAAUGAUGGGAUGAAUAGAGGGAUAAAUGGACGUUAAACAGUCCUCUCGUUUCCAUGCAGUACUUCUCAACCUGGGUUCUCCUUGCAUCCUCCCUGAACACGUCUCUCUGUUAUGUCUGAUUGCAAGUCUUUUAUUCUCUCUCUAUGGUCCUGCCUUUUUCGACAGGACUGCAGUCACUGGCAGCCUCACUUGACAUUCAAACCAUCUUUUUUAGCUCCAUCUUUGGCCCUGACGAGUACAGCAAGUAGACACAUCUCUUCCAGGUUGGUUCUGUUCUGGACCAGAAAGGCACAAAAACAACACAAUGAAAGAUUGAAAUUAGAUGUUUAAUAAGAGAAAAGGGAGAAAUGAACUGAGGUUAGCCCAAAGAGAGGAUUAUUGCCAUGCCCUUACAUGCUUUUCUUCAUCCACCCAUAAAUUACUGUUCACCAUUUCCUUUCAGCACAUUUUCCAUCCAGCUACAUGUACACAUUGCAAUAUGCACACAUGGGUAUUGCUUUUGUGCCGUCUGUCAAAUGACACAUGCACAUCAAGUUGUGUCGUGACUUACCAGCAAACCUGCAGUCAUGCUUAAGAGCCCAGAUGUAGCUUGCAUGCCUGUCCACACGCUUCUGUGACUUUCACAUGUUGCUACACCAGUAAUGGAUUUCAAACAUUUAUCACACAGAGCUCAUAUCAUACCUAAAACAUGUUAACAUGCCUGCAGCCUUGACACACCAAUAACCAUACAUUCAUUCAUAAGUCAAUACACACACACUGACAGAUAAGCCUGCUACCACUUAAAUUAUAUUCUGGAGGAGAAGCUCAAUUGACCUUGUGCUGGAAGACAGAGUGUGCCGAUAAUGGCAGUCAGUGGUGCAGCAGAGAGAAAGGGUCAACAGGAAAGUAAAUGUCACCACAGUUUUAUGGACAGCUGUGAUAUCACCCAGUACCUGGUGGAAAGCAUCCAAAAGAUUAUUGGCAUGGCUAGGUUGGGAUUUAAAAGGUUGAUCACUCAGAGGGCGACCCUUAACUUCCCACAUGAGCUAUCCCUCUUGUUCCUCUUUCAUCCACCAAUCCAGUCCGAAGAGCCAGCAAACCAUCCACUUCAGUGUUACCUUCAUUAGAUCAUUGUAAGCAGUAUCGUGGCUGACAUAACCUGUGGUAACUGCAGUACAAGGAAUAAUGUGUCAGUGGAACUACUGCUUGGGAAUGGACAAUCUUUUAACAGGGAAAGAAGUGUGAUGAUGGUUGAGAGCAUAUAAACCGAACAUGAGGGGAACAUAUAUGUUUGUUAGAAUCUGAAUGAGAGCAUAGGUUUUUUUUUUUUUUUAGGCAUCAGGGAUCUGUUUACUUUGUCACCUUGUCACCUUUGUCAGCUUACUCUUACGCAAACAGCACAGACAGCCAGCCACGAAUGAGCACUGUGGAGAUGGCAAAGAGGCUAAAACCUGCAGAGCUGUAAAUAAGCCAAUCACAUGUCAUUACCAGACAUACACAAUUCUGGAAAAGGCCCCGUGGACCGAACUGUGUCUGGACAAGGAUAACAUUUUCUUUGCACCUCUCAGUGUUCAUACUAUUUUAUGUAAUAAAAACAAAAGAUCAACUUUGAACACUUAGUCACAAGUACAGGGCCUUGCUCUGUCUCUUUAAGGGUAAGGUGGUUCAGGAGGAGAGACUGUCAAAACUGUCUAAAGAGGCCUCCUCCACAUUUUUACCAUGGAGCACCAUGAGAAAAUGGGACACUUUCUUUUGUAUCGGUGUUUGACAUUAAUGGUGAGACAUUACAAGUUAUCACUGAAUCCACUGAUGGCUAGCUUUCUGUACUCAUACAAUACUGCCAGAUGCCACAGUAAACUCUGAUGGAGACCACUAGCAUCUGUCGUCAAAUGACUUUGAAGCCUAAUUUAGGCAGGGGUUGAUAACAUAAUAGCACUUAAUGCUCUGACACAGCCAAAUGACUUUGCUGUUAUUCUUGCUCUAAGCUAAUUUUUUUUUCAUCAUUUUGCAACUAUAAUUUACAGCAAGGCAAUAGAUCAUUUCCAUUGCACUGAGGCCUCAUGUUUUGUGUUUCAUUAGGCAGUUUACUAAAAAAGGAAUAUCCCCACUCUCUAAAGAAUUCCAUAAUAGUAAUAUGUGGGGUUGGGCGAUAUACAGCGUUACACAACAUUAGGAUAUAGAAAUUUGUCAAUUUUUCAAUAGCAUUUAUACCCAGAUAGUUAUGCCUUUGAUAUUUCUUGAUUUUCUACACUGUAGCAGGCACUGCUGACAAUAUUUGAUUUACAGGAUUUUUGCAGCAAUGUAAUAAAGAUACACAUGGGACAAUUUUCUAAAAAGAAUGGGCAAAAUUGAAGCAGCAGAUCCCUGUCCCUAGUAUGCCUUAAAGGUCCAGUGUGUAAGAUUUAGUGGCAUCUAGCGGUGAAGUUGAAGAUUGCAACUAACUGAACACUCCUCACAUCUGAAUUUGACUACCUGGUAAUGAGAAUGGGCUGUGAAGUGUGUAGGAGAAACUACAGUGGCUGUGAAACUCGCCAAAAAAUGAGUGAAGCCCAUCUACAGCCAGUGUUUGGUAUGUCCAUUCUGGGCGACUGUAGAAACAUGGCAGAUUCAACAUGGUGGACUCUAUGGACGGCGAGCUGUGGCAUCUGUAAAUAUGAAAGGCUCAUUCUAAGGUAACAAAAACACAACAAUUCUAAUUUUCAAGUGAUAUUUUGUAAUAAAACAUCUAUUUAUCCACCUAUGGAUAUGAUAUUUCAUUUCUGCCAAUAGAUCCUCCUAAAUGUUACACACUGGACUUUUAAGCUCCAAAAACACAAAAUCCUACAAUUCAACUCAACAGAAGUUAGUGCAGCUCAAGUCAUUCGACUCUUUCUACUUUCUAAACCCUACACUUCCAAUUUUACGAUAUUGGGAUAUAAAAUGAUAUUGCAAUAUUAAUCAAUACAUACCUUGAUAUGAGAUUUUAUUUUAUAUCGCCCAGCCAGAGUGAUAAAUGAUAAUAUCAUGAAAUUUGUAGACCGACUAAUGCCUGUGCAUGUCUCACUGCUGACAUACCAACACACAACCACUGUUACACACAACCUUGUGCCUCUACACUGAAAAUACCAGGCAGAGGGAAGAUUCAGACAAGUGCUGAUGAUUUACUGUCCAAAACACAGAUGUUGCCCUGGCACUGUGUUUUCUCCCCCUCUCAGGUUUUAUGGGGAACAAUAAUCAUCCAGUUGAGCUCCAGCUGAGGCACAAGUUAGCACAUCAUAAAGGGACAUCAAACCUACUGAAAUAAAAAUAUAAUGGAAGACAGAUUAGUGCCAUGAUACCGUAGACAUAAUGCUGAAAUGUGAAUUUUAUAAGCGGGGGGGCAGGGUUUGAUUGGUCAUUGGUCAAGUGUCAUUGACACUGCUCUGUUACUAACCUGAUUUAGAGAUCUUGAUUGUUCUGCUGAUUUCAGAUUUAAUAGUUUAAGCUUACACUUCUGUAUACUUUCUUUGUGAAAAUAUGUCCAAUGAAAGUGCCCUCUCCAUAUUUUUGGAGUUAAAAGUCGUUAUGUAAGUCUAUUUAUACCAUCACCCAUAAGGUAUUAGUUGUAGUGCUUGUAGAUUACUGUAUGGCCAUGUGUUUAAGUGCAAUGACAGCAGUGGAGAGUCACCCAAAGGCUUCGUAAUGGAUCUCUAUGGAAAAAUAAAGCCAAUCUUCUGGAGGAGAAAACCUGCUGGUGCUCUCAGCCAGCAAGCAUCACAAGGGGCUUUUAGCUUUUUGAAUGCUAAUUCAUCCACUUUCUCUUGUUGUUCUGUGGGGAAAUCAUGUUACCCAACAUAUCACCCAGUGCACCAGCUGAGAAACCCUGAACGACAGGCAAUAGGUUGUAAUCCUGCAGCGAGGUUAAAACUAAGGUAUUAGCAUUCCAGAAAUGUUACCCGACCAAUGCAUCAAUGUUACAAAAGCUAGCAGGGGAGAAGGUGCAAGUGCACUGUAACUGGCAGAGGAGACCAAAGUUGAUUGCCAUUCUUUCUUUCUCCUCGGAGGUGACUAUAGAAUUGUAUGUAGCAAACACUGUUCUGCAGCUGAAGAAGUGAAAACCGAAAAGCAGCUAUUUGUGGAGUGAAUACGAACAAAGACUAAAACAAUCUGGCGACAAAAAGCGAUUGUGGUCAAAUGUUAACAUGAAUCAUAGUUUCAUGUGAGAAGAUAUAAUGUUCUGUUUAAUAUAGGUAUAGACUCAUAGAUACAGUACUUAUUUAAAGGAGCACAAUAACUCCCUCUCAAUACUGACUGCUCAUCCAGUAAAUCGGCCUUAUAAAAACAGUUCUAUUUAUUUUGUGCAUCUACUUUCUUUUUUGGGGGGGGAUUAAUGUAUUUUAAACAAAUGUUAUCACAAGUAUUGUAAAUGGUGUGUAAAGAUUUGUUUUUACUCUAAUUUUUGCUCUUCAGGGUGUCAUUGUGGCAGGGCUUUUUUAUUUUACUUUUUUACGUGCAGUUUAACGGCUUCAUUGUCUUACUUGUCAAUGUCAUAUUGUCAUAUUGUCAUAUUCUCAGACCAACUUUAAAGCAAUUGCUAGCUAUGACCCAACUCAUGGGCUGGAUGUUGUCAUGAGGUCAUUCAGUCUGCUUAUCUUUGUCUAAUGAGACUAGAUAAACAAGACCAAAACUAAUAUUGUGUUCAGGUGCUCCUCCCCAACUCGUUAAGCUUUUACAAGCAGUUUACCUCAGACACCUUGUGGCAUUUAAAUUCCAGUUGUUGACUGGGACUGGGACUGAGACUUUAUAGUAUGAUUUUGGUAAUUGAAUUCAAUUAAAUUUGUUAAGAACCAAAUCAAAACAGAAGUUAUCUCAGGACUCUUUUCAUAUAGCCUACAGCAGGUCUAGACCGUACUCCUUAUAAAAUUAUUUUCAGAGACACAACGAUACCCACCAAAAGCACUUCGCCACAGUGGCAAAGAAAAAACAUCCUUCUAAGAGGCAUAAUAUGAAUAAUAUCUGGUAAAUAUGACAUCACAUGAUAUUUCCCAGCUUUACGAGUUUGUGAGGAUUGUCUGACCACAGUUGAUUGUGGGAUAUUGAGGACUGCAAAUGACUAACUAGUUGUGUUCACCAAAGCAAAGGCAGGCUUUAAUUUUGCUUUGAAAUGGGACAGCCCUUGUCAGGCUGUUAAGACACAUCCGACCCAGAAAUGAGGACUUUGGAGGGUCCAGCCCCUGAAGUGGGACACAGCAACUGUAUUUAUAGAGUGUGCUCUAUUUCACUUUUCUAUGCUUUGAUUAUUCAUAUCAUGAGGACUUUUUUCACAGCAUUGGUAAUAUUGAUCCAAUUGUGGUUUAAAUGGUCUUACUGUAUUGGAUAAACACACCCUACAUUUCAGAGAACUUCACUAUUACUCAACUAGAAAUGGUGUUGGUCAUUGGAUCGUCAAACAAAUCACAAGGGAAAUCAUAAAGCAGCUGACAAACACGUAUUCUACCAUUGUAAUAGAAUCAAACUGUGUAUGGCUGUCAUACUCUGAUUUAACACUUAUUCAUAUGUGUAUAUUCUACCAUGCCAUGAUAACUGGGGUAGACGACAGUGGUUGAGUAAGCACAGUUUACGAUGUAUUGAAUUGAUGGUAAAAUUGUAAAAUGGAAUUAAUAAUUGUCUUAACCAAAUGACAAAGACAUAAUGGGUCACUCAACAGUUUUACCAUUGUUUAAAAGAAAAUUAAUAAAAAGAGGAUAGUAUUUUUAUAGGUAGUUAAAAGGUGGCCAGGUUCAUCUGUAAAUAGGACAAUGAUGCUUCUUUUUCCAGCUCAAGAUAUUUUUUGUUUGUUCUUAUUUCUCCUUGCAUCAUUGCAUUUUUAGUGGUCUACUGUACCUUUUAUUUUUUUUCUUUGGGAAACAUCUUUUCUGUAUGUAUAUAAAUAUAUAUACAGUAUACAUAUAUAUAUUCUGUAAAUGUAAUUUGAAGAGUGAACUCUGAUUUUAAAAACGCUUGCAGGGUCUCUUGUCAACCCCACCCCAUCAUUUCCCCUGUGAUUGUGUGAUUGUGUUUUCUGCACAACUUGGUGGAUUUUGUGUUUCGACCUCUGCUCUUGCUCAUUUUGUAGGAGUGAAAAUGUUUUUCUUUUCUUUUUUUUACUGGGUGUGUUAUACCUCCACUACCCUCCACACUUCUCUCAGUAUUAUCCACCUCUUGAGAUUUUUUUAAAGAUUUUGUACACUCUUAAAAUGCUGUUGCAAUACUAAUGAAUAUUCAAUAUUUUAUCCCCCUUUUCUCUCAGUCUUUUCCUAACCAAUGUUAUUAAUCCACCAGUGUCACUUUACACCCUGAGUUUUAAGGACCUAUACUAUAUUACCUUGAGUAGUUUAAUUUCCAUUUGCACUGAGUUCAGUCAUUGUUUACUUUCAGAUGAUACUCAACUCUUCAUCCAUUUGGGGCAAUAUUGAAUUGUGUAGCAAUAUCAUGUUACAGCUCCCGGAGUGAUUUAAUGGUGAGAGACAAAAUGGAAGACAGUUUGCAUGGGCUGGACUGAUCAUUUGAAUUACUGAUAUUUGCUUGUGUAGAGGUUAGUAGGUAAACUUUUUUGGCUUCAUCAGGACCUCAGUGUUCUCUCUUUUCCAGGAGUCGCAGUUUAACAGGAAGUUAAUAUUCCACAGGAUCUUUACAGGACUUUUUUGGGAGUUUGGCCCAUUUAUCACCUUACCUGAUAUUUGAUGUUAGGACUGGCACCAAAAUCAUCAUGUAGAACAAUUUUCUUAUUUCAGAAUUCAAGCGUUGCUCAUGCUCAGAAACUAAAGCUGAAUGGUUGGAUGUUAAAUUUACUAUCUAAGCCUGUCAGGGAGAACAGAAUUGUAGGAAAGGUUUAUGGAUGCAAAAUUGGAUAAUUGGAGUACACUUUCAGUUAUAUUAGAUAUUUCAACUGUAGAAGACUCAAGCACAACUUGUAUUCAUGCAGGAAGUGAGUCAGACAACUAAAGGUUCUGAGCUGUUUUCUGAUAAUGCUGUAGAUUUUACUAAUGAUGAAUACUGAAUUUUUUGUUUUCAAAUGUUAUGAUUUUAACCAGUAUCAACUUUGGAUUACUUAAAUGUUGUUAUCAUUUUUAUAUAUUGGCUGUCACCUGCAGAAUACUAUAGGCCUCUUGUACACUUACCAUUGAAAACUGCAUGGGCAUUUGCAUAGAUGAUUUUGGUGGCAAUCUUGUCAUUUACAAUAUCCAGAAUUUACAUAUAUAUUUGGUAAAGGGGUCAGUUUGGCAAACUUCUCAAGUCCAUGUGGCUAUUUAAAAUCAUAGUUUGGAAGAAAGUAAAGUACUCUUCUAUUGUUAACACUACCAUAAAUUAUCAUUGCUUUGUAUCGACUCAUCAGAAUGAUUGAGAACUAAGUUUUAUAGACCAUACCUUGUCACAUAUUACCAGUUUAAACAUUUAUCUUCACUGGUUAAUUGACACAUUUCCCAAGCAAGAACAUUUAAAUACGUAUUCCCUCUGUUUUGUUACAUGAAUCUGUCAAAACUAUAUUUUUAAUUCAAUAUGAAUAAAGAUCAGUCAAUAUUUAAA